UAAGGACUUUGUUGACACUUUUGUCUCAAGUUUCUCGAGAAAGCAAAAUCUUAAAUUUCUACAAUACGCAGCAUCGAUGUUGGAGAAGUCUAACUGGAAAAAACUCUCUCAAUCUUUCAAAAGAGCUUCACAACUUGGUUUGAAAAAGAUGAAACAACGGCAAGAAAACUCAGACGUUUCAAUGUCAGAUUCCAUGAUUGAGACCUGGCAGAACUUCGCCAAGAAAGCAGAACGAUUUGAACGCCAAAGGGUGUCAUGCGACGCUGGUCUUGCUUUUGAGUUUGCUGAAGGCGCAUUAGUAGAUGCUAUCCAGACCGGGAAAUGGUAAGGACCAUAAUACAGUACGAAAUCGAUAGGCCGAUUCCAGGAACUGCUUCUAAUAAUUCUUUUCUUAUUUUAAUGUUUCAGGGUUCUUCUUGAUGAAAUCAAUCUCGCUUCAUCUGACACAUUGCAACGACUUUGCGGACUGUUGGACGAGCCAACUGGAAGUCUCACGUUGACCGAACGAGGAGAUGCUACUGCUAUUAAAAGGCAUCCGAACUUUCGAUUAUUCGCAGCAAUGAACCCAGCGACUGAUGCCGGUAAAAAAGACCUUCCUGCAAGCAUCCGCUGUCGAUUUUCGGAACUCUACGUUGAUGAAUUACUCGACCCAAUCGAACUUAGACUAGUUACUGCGCAAUGCCUUGAUGGCGUCCUACCGAAUGACGGAAAUGCUCCAGAACACACAGAAAUUGUUGCACGCAUUGUGGAUCAAUAUAUACGGUGUCGUGAGCUUGCGCAUACUACUCUUUGCGAUGGAAAUGGUCAUAAGCCAAGGUACACAUUGAGAACAUUAUCACGCGCACUGAAAGCUGCUAAGAACUUGGUGUUACAACAACGGCUUCGUCUUACUGUGGCUAUAUAUGAAGGGUUCCAACUCUCAUUUGAAGGGAUCCUUGACGGUGCUUCGAUAAAAAUAAUGAGAAAAAUGCUCAAGAAAGCGUUUUUACAAGACGAGGCGAAGAAGAUCGACUUGGAUCAUCCUGGUAGGAGACCCGGGGGAAGGGACGGUGAGAACGCAUACGUACUAAUUAAGCCGUUUUGGAUCAAAGCUGGACCUUUGGAAAGAACUGAUUGGUCCGAGAUCGGAGCAAAUGGAAAGUCAAAGUUCAUCCUAACAAAAACAGCCUUGACAAAUUUGCGACGACUUGCGCAAGCCCUAGCGACGGGCCCGUGGCCCGUAUUACUUGAGGGACCUACAUCGAGCGGUAAAACUACGCUUGUCGAGUAUAUUGCAGCGAGAUGCGGGCACMACGUCGUCAGGAUAAACAAUCACGAACACACAGACGUUCAGGAAUACACUGGAGCAUUCGCCGCUGAUCGAAAUGGAUCGUUAUCCUUUCGAGACGGCAUUCUUGUACAAGCACUCAGGAAAGGACAUUGGGUUAUUCUAGAUGAGCUAAAUCUCGCUCCCAGCGAGGUACUCGAAGCGCUCAAUCGAUUGCUUGAUGACAAUAGAGAACUGUAUUUGGCUGAAACGAACGAGACAGUCAAGCCACAUCCUAACUUUCGUCUCUUUGCCACUCAAAAUCCUUCUGGGGCUUACGGUGGUAGAAAACCUCUAUCACGGGCAUUCCGCAAUCGUUUUGUUGAGCUACAUGUAGGCGAUAUUCCCAGUGAUGAGAUGUCUCAGAUCCUAGAAAAGAGAUGCGGUUGCCCUCCUUCGCACGCGAAACUUUUGGUGGAAAUUAUGGUAGAUCUUAGGGUCAAAAGAAGCAAGAGCAAUCUUUUUCUCGGUAAAGAUAGUUUUAUAACCCCGAGAGAUCUACUAAGAUGGGCAGAACGACAAAGUGGGUCAAAGAAAGAUUUGGCUGAACAUGGAUAUAUGGUUUUAGCGGAAAGACUGCGCUCGGACGAAGAAAAGCAAAUGGUUCUCAAUGUCCUAGAGGAACACACCAAAAUAAAAAUAAAUUUGGAGCGACUUUACUACGGCGAAAACUCCGAAGCAAAACAAAUUCUUGAUAAAGCUCUAGAAGCAGCUCGGGUUCAAAAGAAUGAUCUCAUCGCAUCGGUUGCACCAACUAGAUCAAUGUUACGACUUAUACAUCUAGUGUCAGCAUGCGUGAGACAGAAAGAACCAGUUCUCUUGGUUGGAGGUAAGAAUGACUAUGUGAUCGUUAAGUUGCUUCUUCUCUCUUCUUUUCUAACCUCCUGCAUCGUACCUCCGUAGACACGGGUUGCGGAAAAACCACUGUCAUUCAAUUACUCAGCUUUGUAUUGAAUCAGGCAUUGUUCAGUGUCAAUUGCCAUGCAACAACAGAGACAUCAGAUCUAAUUGGAGGACUUCGACCGGUUCGAGGGCGAGAUGCGAUCAAGGAAAAGAUAGUUACGAAAAUGAGAGAGUUGAUUCAAAAGUGGCCAUACGAUGACAUGGUUGAUGACCUUGACUUAGAACCUUACAUCUCUCCCAGCAAUCUACAUGAAAAGGUGUCGGAUGCGUCUAUAGCAUCAUAUGAUGUCGACACAAUGGUGGAGAUUGCUCGGAAUAUGUCUUCAAGGAGACAUCAAAUUCUAAAUGACGAGUCAACUAAAGGACGAACUAAAAAGCGAAGAAAAGUCAAAGAAUCAGGUACACCUGAUAACAGUAGUGAUUGUAGUGAUGACCUUUCAGAAGAUUACGUUGAAUCAAUCGAUGUGAUUGCCUCUGAGAUUGAGAAUUUGGGGCGGCGUUUCAAGGCUUUGUUUGAGUGGUCUGAUGGUCCGCUUGUGACAGCUAUGAAGUCAGGAGAAUUGAUGCUUCUAGAUGAAAUGAGUCUUGCCGAAGACGCUGUGUUAGAGCGUCUGAAUUCUGUCCUAGAACCAUCAAGAUGUAUUGUUCUUGCUGAAAAAGGUGAUGGCGGAUCAUCUGACGCGGAAAAAGAUGAUCGCAUCAUUGUAGCCCACGAUCAAUUUCGAAUUUUCGCCACAAUGAAUCCAGGAGGUGACUAUGGUAAAAGAGAGUUGAGUCCAGCUUUACGAAGUCGUUUCACAGAAAUCUGGGUGCCUUCUCUCAAAGAAAGAAGCGAUUUUGAGAUUGUGAUGGGUAGAUCAUUUACACUUAGUCUGGGAAAACAAAUUAACUUCGACCAAUCGUCAAUAGUCACCCGCAUUCUUGAUUAUGUCGAGUGGUUUAAUACGGACAUUUGCGGUGCGACUUCAAGCCCGUUUUCUGGUUUUUCUCUCUCGUUACGAGAUAUUCUUUCUUGGGUAAAUUUUAUUGUUGAGGCAAGAAAAUCAAACGCAAAACUCACAAUAUCAGAUGCACUAUAUCAUGGUGCAUGCCUCAUGCAUCUCGAUGGCCUAGGAUUGGGAUCAGGCCUUGCUUCAGAUUCCUCAACUGCGCUUAAGGUGAAAGCAGAACAACAUCUCAUUGGUCUUAUAGAAGGAAACAUUUCCAACGCCCACAGUGUUGAUGAACCGAUUUGUAUCCAGGAGGAAAAAUUUGGCGUCUUCCCGUACUUCAUCAAGCUUGGAGUAGCUAAUAUUCCGAAGUCAACUUUCAAUAUGACAGCUCCAACAACAUCCCUGAAUGCAUUUCGUGUUUUACGAGCAAUGCAGCUUAAGAAACCCAUUCUUCUAGAAGGAUCCCCUGGAGUUGGAAAGACAUCCUUAGUCAGCGCUCUUGCAUCUGCAUCUGGUAAUAAACUUGUGCGAAUCAAUCUUUCAGAACAAACUGAUAUCUCUGACUUGAUGGGCAGUGAUCUACCGGUGGAAAAUUCAACGAGUAAUGGACCUUCUUUCGAGUGGUGCGACGGAGUUUUGCUGACAGCCAUUAAAGAAGGUAGCUGGGUUCUCCUAGAUGAGCUCAACCUGGCGUCCCAAGCUGUACUAGAAGGACUAAAUAGUUGUCUGGACCAUCGUGCCACGAUGUACAUCCCAGAACUUGGAAAGUCAUUUGAAUGCCCUCCCACUUUCCGUGUUUUUGCGGCUCAAAAUCCAUUGGGUCAAGGAGGAGGUCGAAAGGGACUUCCGAAGUCAUUUCUAAAUAGGUUCACAAAGGUAUAUGUUGAUGCUCUGACUGAUUCAGAUCUCCGUUCUAUUGUGUCUUCACGAUUCAAAUCAUUCUCGGAAGACUUUGUAAAUCAAAUCAUCGAUUUCAACAAUGACAUCCACCGCGAAGUAGUUGACCUUCAAGAAUACGGGUCUGAUGGUGGUCCUUGGGAAUUCAAUCUACGUGACGUAUUUCGUUGGUGCGAAUUGAUAGAAGCAGGACAUUCAUCGUACGCAGCAGGUGCUCGUGACCUAUACUACCAACGGUUUCGAACACAGGAUGAUAGGGAUAAACUGGAUAAAACGUUUCAGAAACAUUUUGGAUGCUCGAUGCUUCCAAAAGGUUCUCUGGAGUUUGAAAUUCUGGAUUCGAGUGUUCGAAUUGGUGAGACUUAUCUGAGUCGCCUUGGCCAAUUAGCCCAAAUGCAACAGGGUGAUAGACUUAUGCGAGCGUCAGACCUACUAUUCUCACGACUUAUUCCAAUGGAAGCAGUAGCACGCUGUAUCAAUUUAAGAUGGCCGUGCCUUCUUGUUGGCGGAAGUGGGACUGGGAAGACCUCGAUAGUAUCGAGUUUAGCAGAUCUCUGCAAUGCAACUCUUGUUGAGCAUUGCUUAUCUCCGUCCUCUGACGUAGCAGAGCUUAUAGGUGGAUUUGAACAAAGCGAAACUAUGUCAAAAGAUAUCCAGAUUAUCAAAGAAGUCUGCGCGUUGGCAAAUAGCGUCAUAGGUACCGACGCUUUCAAGUCGCGGAACUCUAAAACAUGCUGGGAUAUCACUGUAGAGUUACAGAGAUACAUAGAAAACUGGGAAAACUCCACUCUUUCAUACGAGGAUCAAAUGAAUUUUCCGUGGAAAGAAGUAAGUGAUCUGUCUGAGGUACUUCUAUCAGUUAUUGAAGAAAAUCCUGAUCUAUCCUGCUUUCAUGAUCCUGUAAAAGGUAUCAAAGAAAGAACUCUUAUUCAACUUACCAAGAAGCAAAAAUCGGCUCAAAACCAGGAAGACUCUGCUCAUUUCGUAUGGCGCAAUGGUGUGCUGGUAGAGGCGUUAGUGAAAGGCCAUUGGUUGUUACUUGAAAAUGCAAAUCUUUGCCCGUCGUCUGUGCUUGACAGACUGAAUUCGGUCACAGAACGCGAUGGAUUCUUACUUCUGUCCGAGUCAGGGACGCAGGAAGGGGAAGACAACACUCAAGCUCAUCGGGUAAUCAGACCACACAAAAACUUUCGAAUAUUCUUUACGAUGAAUGCUGCUAAUGGUGAAAUAUCGCGUGCAAUGAGAAAUCGGUGCGUAGAAAUUUCUCUCUUGGAGUCUACAAUGCAGAGUCCUUUGAAACCAAAUGCACCUAUUUCGUCAGACAUAUUUUCCAAAGUGCAGAUGGUUGACUUUCUUAGCAUAAUGCGCUGUGCUCGAAUUCGUUCCAUAGAGGUGGCAUCUACAAUUAUCCAGGCAUGCUUGAAUGAGUUCAUGCAAUCAUCAACUUUUGAGGAACCUCCGAAUUUGAGGAGUGUAUUUGAGUCUGUCCAUAUUUUGCCAAGUCUGCUUCGUCGAGGUUUGAAUCCUCGAGCAGCAGGACGAAAUUUUAUGCAGCUUUCUUUCGAAGUGGAUGAGUCCGCUGUAACAAUGGAUUUCGCUGUAGGCAUUUUUUGUACAAGUCGAGCCAUAGAUGCUACUCCGCUACCGGGGAACUUGUUGUUCAAGUCUGUGAGGAGCGGAAAUGAAGCCCCUUUGAUGAAUUUGGCAUGGCAGGCUCGGCUUCUGCGACUUUUUGCAACAGAAAAAUCGAAUGUACAGGGUGUGAUGACUAAUCUUGGCCUCCUGAAUUCAUCAGAAACAGAUCAAAUCGACCGAUCCAUUUUUGUUUUCCCUUCCUUUCACGAAUUACAGUAUAUCUUGUCUCAAUUGUUUCUCAAGUCGAAAUCAUUCCAAGAACUUAAACUUAGGGCUUCCACAAUGGUUGGAUUCAGAAGUCCAUUAUGGUAUACAAUCCAAUGGAUGGCGUCAGACUUGGGAAGAUCACUCUCUCGAACAAGAAACGUAAUAGAAACAACUCACCUUGAUGACUGCGCGAGUUUUGUGUGGCUGCGAUUGCACCAGCGGUUUGUUGAACACCUGUGGAAAACAAAUUUGGCGAGGAGACAUACUGUUCUUGAUUCAAUUGAAGAUCUGGUAGUCCUUGAAGCUUCUUACUACAUGCACGAGAAUCUCCUCGACGGAUCUACAGUACCAUGUUCAGUCACCGGUUUGCUGUAUAGAUUCUUCAUUGCAAUUGAUCAUUGGACAAAUAAUGUUCUCGUUGCCAAUGAAACGAUCUUCAUAAAAAUACUCCCCAAACUGAGAACUGUCUUGGACGAGAGAGACAAGCUUUGGACUCUUCUGAAAAACCUCCCACUCAAUGUAAAUGUUAUGAACGGGUUUUCUGCCUUUGAUGAAAGUGAAUUCAUUGUUCAGUGGCAAUGGCUCCAAAAGAUGAUACCAAAAAUUGAAUUUCGAAAUUCCUGCGUACAAGGGUGGCAACAAGUAGAAAUCUUGGUUGACGCUAUUGACAGAGCCAUUUAUGGAGGCCCUCGGCCUACUUGGUCAACUCGUGGCGUAAGAAAGAAAAUGAUGAGCCCUCUUGUGCCUCGUGAAGCUAAGCAUUGGGAGGAUCUAUUUUCCCUCGAAGCCCUUGCCCAUGGAUGUUCCCUUGUACGUGACCACCGCUUUGACCCUUUCCAAAAGAAUGGAAAUCUAAUUGAUCUCAAUCAGCUAAUGGGAGUAGGCCAUCCGAGCCUUUACAUCACUGUUGAAGAGAAAAACCAGCUCCUUGCAGCAAUUUGUACAUCACAAGUGUCAUGGACAAAUUCAGAAUCUAAUGGAAGAACAUGGAUUGAAGAGAUUAACUUUCCUCUAAAAAUGAAAGAAGUUUUUGGAAAACAAAAAGAUUCUUUUGAAAUAGAAAUGAAGUCAGCAAGCGUUGAUAUGGAUAUUCAAACUGUCGACAAUCAGGUUGACCCUAAAUUUCUUGAAGAGCUGAGGGAUGUCUCCGCCACUACAACGUCAAAGAUUGAUGGAUAUUGUAAUCUGAUGGCAAGGCUUCUCACUUGUUUCGGGAACUUUCAGCUUUCUGCAUUGGCUGAAUUUUGGUGCGUUCAUCAAGAAGUUUAUUUGUGCGGUCAAUUGUCGAAACUUUUACUUGAAUCAAAGGACGAGACAAGUUUUAAAAAUGGGCUUAUUUGUUUGAAAAAAGGUAUGACAAGUCUUGUGGACAAUGUAAUUUCAAGAACGAUAUGGACAAUAAGUGAUAUGCGGACUUUUCAACUUUUAAUCUGGGCAUUGGAAGGAAAGGCCGCAGAUGAGAAAUCUUUGCGUGCUCUCCUGCGAUCUCUUCUACCGACGAUGCUGUCAACUAUAUCCCGCCACUCCUUCACAGGGUCCUUUGUCUGUAAGAACCCGAUUUCUUCGUCUCUUGAGAUGCCAGAUAUGUGGUCAACUGAUGAUGUUCAGAGUGACAUUUUAAUCAACAAUUUCGAUGUAACUUACAAGGAAUCUGUUAUCGGGAAUGCAAGACUUCGCCAACCAGUCCGCACUGAAAUUUUGCUGAAGAUGAUUGGAAUUCAACUAUCGUUCGCUACGAAGCCCUCCAGGAAAAAGUUUUAUACAAUUGAAAAUGCAGUUCAUCGUGAGCAUCAGUCGAAAGAAAUAUUGAGUAUGCUCUCGACCCUCUUUAUUUCUCCCUCAAAUGCACGGUUGUAUGUUUAUCACUAUACAUUAUUUGACAUUUUAUCUGCUGUCAAUGACCUUUAUCAGGAUCAUACAAUGAACGAAGUGUUGUCUCUCGUUAAGAAUACAAAUGCUUUGGCCGAAUCAACUUUUGAGCAAAUCAAAUCUGCUGGUGAAAGAAUCAAUAACAAUUUGUUCAGUCUAUUUUGGCAUGAUUUGCUCCUGCCCUUGUUAAAAUCUAUGCAUCUUGCAUGGCUGGAAGACGACAACACAGUUGAAUAUGACAAACAGUGCUCUCGAGCAUCGAUCUUUCUUGGAUUAUUGAGGCUCAAUCUGCUCGCACCAUGCAGUCCAUUGGAUCCGGGAACGGCUCCUCUUGCAAAAGUGUCGCUGAUCACAAAACAAUUAGUCUGUAUACAAUCAAGGCUCAUAGCGACAAGGCUCAAUAGUGGCUUUGUUCAGGGAAAUUUUGCUCCAGACACUGAUGCAACUAGAUCUCUCCUUGAGAGUGCCGAAUAUCUAUCGAAAAAGAAAGCAUCGCAGCAGAAAAAGGUAAUAGAACGAAUUGAGUCUGCUCCUGCCUUCAAUGAGUUAUUUCGAGAAACUAGGGAAUUUUUGAAGACAGCAUCGGGAAAUGCUACUGUACUUGAUCUUCUAGAGAAAUUACCUUUAAUAGGGACUAACGAAAACAUGGCCGGGAGUAUCGAGCGACGUGCUGAAAAUUGGCAGCGCACUGCUGCCGCAUUUUGUAGACGACUGUCAGACGAUUUCGGUGCGUAUGAGGACGUAACUACAUCUAUAAUAGAUUCUGUUCGAAUGAUACAAGAUGGGUUAUUUGAUUUGACACAUCAAAAACUAAGGUCAGAUGAAAAACAAGAACAAUUCUGGGGAAGCGUUUUCGAUGAGUUGUAUAAGUAUCCGAUGCAACAAGACGCGAAUUCCAUUAAAGUGCUUCAUGGUGCAACAGGAAUUCAGAAGUUUGAGUCAAAUUUAGAAUGUACGAAGGCCUUGUCGAUUGCAAUUUUGGCGCGUCUAUUCCUCAAGAACGAAACUGUGGGAUUGGACGAAGAUGAGAUAGUGGUUUGCUCCCGUUUGUUCACGAGCGUGACAAGUGCAUAUGAUGGGUUCGUUGGUGAGAAAGAAGACUCCAGUUUGGAGGAAAUGCAGGAAAGAGCUUUCAGAGAACAAUUUCCUGAUCAUCGAAAAGAAUUCAGUGCUAUCUUACAAGACACAUCAGAAGAUUUAGAUGAAGAAGAUACCAUCAAUGCUACUAGCGAAGACGAGCUUGGUACCAAGAUGGAGGACAGGAGUCUAACAGAAACGGAAAUUGAAUUGCUGUAUCAAAUUUACAAUGGUAUUUUCUCUGGGAAGAAAAUUUUCCAUUUAGAUUCUAUUCGAAAGAUUGCUUAUCAUUCGUCUUACGCCGCUGCCCACGAGUUGCAGGAAAAUUACGGAAAUUCUGCUAACUCUCGGCUAAGAUCAGAAUUGAUGGGAGGACAUGCCUUCGCUAUUUGUCUCUCGUCAGUUCCUAAGGGUAAAUUGACCGUACCAUACUCUCAUUUCCGACAAUCGUCCACAGUCGUAGACUUCCAUAACGAAGCAUGCCCUKCAAUGGCUCUAUCAGCAGCGAGGCCACUUGCGACGCUCAUGGCUCGUACUACCCAGCUACUUACAGCGUUUCCUGGUCACUCAAUCUUGAUUGGUUUGGGCAAAAUCUGCGAAAAAGUGCACAAACUCAAUAUAAUGACAACUCCAAUUGGCAAAGUAAUGACGGGCCUUGAGGUCAUUCUCAAGCAAGCCCAAGACUGGGAGCAGCAUGCGAGUGAAAAGGUUAAAAUUGGAUCACCACUUGAAGCCAUUGGGCGUCUCAUUUCGGAAUGGAGGAAGUUUGAAUUAGAGAGCUGGGGAAAAUUAAUCCAAGGACGACAUCUUAGACACACUAAGAGAACACAGCAACACUGGCUACGGUUACGUGGCAUUCUUGAUGUGCUACCUCUCCAAGAUCAUGGUCAAGACAUACAUAAUAAUUCUAACCUCGUCAUCACAAGAAUAGGUUGCAGCACUCCACAAUGGGUGUGGAAAGGAUCUUCCAGUACUGGUUCUGAGCUAUUUGACUUGUUUGGUGACGCAUACCUGGAAAAGCUGAAAGAUCUCGUAAAGGCACUUGAUACUUUCAUGCUAACAUCCACGUUAGGAGAAUUCGAAGAGCGACUUCGAAUAUUGAGAACAUGUGCCGACGAAAGCUCAACGAUUCUUGGUGGCAUCGAAACGGAAUCAUUAUAUCAGUUACAGCAAUCGAGGAUAUUGGACUCAAUUUGCACGUAUUAUGAGCAAUAUUUGCCGAGAUUGGUCCAGAAAUUGGCGGACCUGAGGGCACCAGUAGAAGAAAAGCUGAAGAACGAGACUAAACUUGCCAAGUGGGAUAAUCAGUCGUACUAUGCACUCGCAGAAUCCACGGAGAGAAACCAACGUAAAUUGAUGAAAAUUCUGUCGGAAUUCGACGAGUCAUUAAACCUCAAUGUAGGCAUUAUAAUUCAGGAGGAGGGUUGUUCAGGACUGCGUUCCAGUAUCGAGGCACACGACGAGUUCUGUGCGACCUUCCCAUCUUUUACAUCCAUGUUUCCGAUGCAGGGCUUAAAAACAGAAUAUGCGUCCAAGUCAAGUUCCAACACACAAUUUUCCUUUGACCUCGUAAUGGUUGACGAAGGACUGAUCAAUUAUCCAAGAGAUGGGCAUGUAUGGAAGAUAUCGAAGUAUGCGCAGAAAAUGAAGAGGUUGCAUGCGAAAUAUUGUAAGAAUCCUGUCGAGUCAACCCUACGUUUGGGUGUCAAUACAGCUAGGUCUUUUUGCCAGGCAAUAUUCGAUCGAGUCGAGUCACUUCGAGAAAACAGUACCAGACCUAUGAAAGAGCGAGCUCUUGUGGAUCUUUUCCGUGAGUUGAAACAAAACGGAUUGACAACUACGAAGUGGUCAACACCAAGUCAGUUGAAGGACAUCGAGCAAAUAUUCCUCUUGCCGACACCCAAACUUGAUGUAGAAGGAGGAAGUGAAAUGUGUGGCGCAGCUUUAAAUAGAGCCGAGCAAUAUUAUGUGAAGUGUAUCUCUGAAGUACAUGCAUUGAGGUCUGAAACCAUGAUGUUGGGUAGUAAGCAUAUGAGUAAGCGUGAAAUGGAUUCAAUGGUCAAUCUAAGCUACAGUGGUAUUCAUCUAUUAACCCAGCAACGAUGCCUAUUAACGAAACUUCUGUGCGAGAACCGUCGUUUGAAAGAAUGGAUUACAUCUGUACAAAGUUGCAAGCAAAGCUUGCCGCCUUAUCAGUCACAAUUGGAAAGGGCUUUGAAGUCAUUUCGAAAGCGACGAGCUUUCGCUUUCGAAAGUUUACGGCAACUCACUCUUCUUUUGCAAUCGACCAAACCCUUUGUAAGCGGAGACGAGAAAAGUAAUUGGAUACGCGAUACUAUAUCAAACCUUGAAUCGCUUCAACCAUCGGGUACUAAGAAACAAUAUGAUUACUUUGUCACCUGGGACACACUGCAAGAAAUUGAAAAGGAGAAAAUGGUAUUACGACAGGCAAUGGAAUUUGUUGAAGAGAGUUUUCGCCAGUGCAAAGACCUUUCAUGCCUCCCGUUGGAUCCGUUUGAUGCAUGCCUUAAAAACAUCAAAGAUGCACACGCAUCAGCAAUAGCUUGCACUGAGAUUUCAAAGAAGUCAAAUAAAAUGCGUAUGGAAAUGCUGGCACCAAAUUCGGCGGGAUUUUCCGAAAAGAUAUCGUUGCUCAUAGAAAAGGUACUUGUGACUUAUCAAAAUUUGAACAAAGAAUCAAACUGUAAUGAUCGGUCUCAAGAAGACACACGAAAUGACGACGACGAUCAACCUUGGUGUGAUCUUGCUAUCUGGGAUUGUCACAAAAACUUCCUGAAAUCGUAUUCCAACUUGAAUAUGAAACAGCUUAAUCGACAUCUUUUUGAUUUGAUUGAGGAUCUACGCGAACUUCACAAUGACGAAUCUUUCUCAAUUGAUGAUCGUGUCUGCUGUAUUCAAUUAGUAUCAAAUACAAGCGUCCUUGUUGCGUAUUUGCAUCAGUUGUCGCAAUCUUUGCUUCAAGAUUACUUGCAUUUUUAUAUGUCGACUGCAAAGUUAAAUUAUGUCGUACUGCGACUGUUCAGAUCCUUGGUUGCAAAAGGUUACUGCUCGGACAAAACAGCUGAAGAAGAUGGAGAGGGCGAAGGGGACAUCAAGGGAAUGACCUUCGAUGAUGACAACGAUGGUACUGGAAUGGGAGAAGGUGACGGUAAAAAAGAUGUCACCGAUCAAAUUGAGAAUGAAGAUCAAUUGGCGGGAUUGAAAUCUGACACGGAUAACGAAGAUGAGAAGAAGCAAGACGAGUCAAAACAAUUGAACGAAGAGGAAGAAGAUCAAGGAAUGGAAAUGGAGGGUGACUUCGAUGGGGAAAUGUUCGACUUACCAGAGAAACCACAGGAUGAGAAUGAAAUGGAGGAACAGGAGGGAGAGGAACUAGAUACUGAAAUGGGAGAAGAUACAAAUCAGGACGACCAAGUAGUCGAUGAAAAAAUGUGGAAUGACAGUGAUGAUGAAGAUGACAUCAACCAAGACGAAGAGAAAUUUGAAGAAGAUGGAGGAGUCAAAGGAGAAGCUCUUGAGGAUAUGAUGCGAACCAAAGACGAAGAUGAAGAAGGAGAUGAACCAGAUGACGGAGAUAAAAAUCCUUCAAGUCAGGAUGCAGAGGAAAAUAAUAUCGAGGCUGACCCCGACGAAGGCGAAGAUAAACAGGAUGACCAAAGAAUAAACGAGGACACCGAAGACCGGUAUGAAGAUGACCACGACGUUAACGUAAGAGGUGACGAAAACGAAGAGGAACCCCAAGAAGAUGGCGACGACCAAAUGCAACUGGAUGAGAACCUUGAGCUAGACGAUGAAGACAUAGAUAAUGGUGAGGACGAAACUGGGGCGGAAGAUACUGGUGGAAAUGACGAGACUGGUUCUGUUUCUGACGGACCGGAAGAUUACGAUGAAACCCUUGGUGAGAAUGAUUCUGAUAAGGAAGAUGAAAACGAAAUUGAGAACGAAGAAGCAGAAGACGAGAAGGCAGCAAAUCAAGCGGAAGGACCAAUGGACUUAGAAAAUGAAGCAGGCGAAGAGCCAGAAAAGGAUGAGGACAAGACAGACGAACCGCCAGUAGACAAAUCGAGUGAAGACCCCCCAGCUGAAGAGGCCCACGGAAUUCGUUCAAAAGAUGGAACCGAUGCAAUUGUCGACGAUGGCGAUGAAGUUGACGAAGAGGAAGAUGCGAACGAAGAAAAUGAAGCUAUUGGAAACCCUUCUGGUGGAAAAUCAGAUAGUAACCAAGCAGACAUGGACGGCAAUGAUGGCGGUGGAUACAGCGAAGAUCAGGUAAACGAAAAUAACGAUACAAAUUCCAAAGAUAGUUCUCGCGAUAUUCCAAAUCCAUUCAAAGAUCCUGGAGAUGCUUCUAAAUUUUGGCACAGAAAACUGAAUAUAAUUGACACAAAUGAUUCUCCAGAUGAGCCCAAUUCAGAAAAUAUCGAAAUGGACGACAAAGAUGAUUCUCAAAACGAAAAAGAUGGCGACUACGAAUACUCCGGAGACCCGAAUGAUUCAACUCAGGUUCUUGGAGAAGUCAAGGAGGAGGAAGCCGUGGAAAUGGACCUUGAGGAUAACGCAGAUGAUAAAGAUAUGGAUGAAGACAAGGGUGAAGACCAAACAGAAAAGGUAGAAAACGAGGCUGACAUGACAAAACAAAAAAAGAAUGAGAAAAGCCAGUCCCGGCAAAAGAAUCCAAAAUCUCUUAUGGAUCAAGAAGAGCAAAUCAAUGACAACGACCUCAAUGAGGAAGGUUCUAUUAUGGAUGAAGCGGUAAAAGAAGAAUCUGAAGGUGAGGAUACGGUAGAAGAAGACGAAGAUUCAGACAAUGAUAAUUUAGGAAGUCGUGUUGUGUCUGAUCUUUCCAAGCUAAAAAUGGAAGGGGAGCAGCCCUUAGCUGAAACUAGCUCUCGACUUGUUCAAGAUGAAUACAUGUCAAAACUCACAAGCUUUGAAGCUGAAGAAGCUCGGUCGCAUUGGCUGAGCAUUCAAGGCGAAACUCAAAACUUAUCCAGAAGACUCUGCGAAAAGCUUCGGCUGGUAAUGGAACCAUUGGUUGCAUCAAAACUUCGGGGAGACUAUCGAACUGGAAAACGAAUCAACAUGAAACGCGUCAUUGGAUACAUUGCGAGUGGAUACCGAAAAGAUAAAAUAUGGUUACGCAGAACAAAGCCUGCGAAACGCAAUUAUCGAGUUCUCCUGGCCGUCGAUGAUUCUGAGAGUAUGAACAAGUCAGGAGCAGGUGAAAUUGCGCUGCAUGCGAUGGCCACUGUAGCAGUUGGAAUGAAUCAGCUAGAGAUUGGUGAACUUGGCGUAGCAAGUUUUGGCGAUGAUAUGAAACUCGUGCAUCCUUUCCACAUGCCUUUCACAUCUGAAUCUGGAGUAAGUGUCGUCCGCAAUUUCAAGUUCGAACAGCAACGCACCCGCAUUGCAAUGUGUGUUGAAAGUGCUAUGGCAGCUCUUGACGAUUCUGGAGAUCAGUCUUCCAUGCAACUUGUGUUCCUCAUUAGUGACGGGAGGAUCGAACGAGAUAGCAGAGCAGCCUUAAAGCGUCUGAUUCGAGAGAUGAUGGAACGCAAUAUUCUGCUUGCUAUGAUAAUUGUAGAGGGGAAAGGGAAAAAGAAAGACACUAUAUUGAACAUGAAAGAGGUCACGUUUGAAAAAGGGAAGCCAGUGGUUAAGCGGUUUAUGGAUGAUUAUCCAUUUCCUUACUACAUCGUCCUGGACGAUGUGGCGUCAUUACCCGAGGUACUGGGCGAUUCAUUGAAGCAGUGGUUUGAAAUGCUUACUCAAUUGCAGAGAUCCUAACCAAAUUUACAAAACUGAAAUGAUCAAGAAAGAGACAUACUUGAGCAAUUAUUUUUGGCAAUUGUUUAAAUUUAAAUUUUCAGUGUGUGCGUGUGCGUGUGUGUAUGCAUAUGUGUACGGAUGUGAAGUGCAUCGUACACAUCAAUGGUUCAAACGGAGAAAGAAUAGAAUAUGACUAUGCCGCGUUAUCGAGUCGCGUAAUAAUGCGCAUUGCGUGAAACUUCGCGGCUCUUUCUCUGCCUCGAUCCUGCUGACAUUUGAAAUCGUUGACCGAGCCCUUGAGGUCUUCCAUCACCAUCGGUUCCUGCUGUGUCUUCCUGCUACUAGUUGCGAAUGCCUCUCCUCCGCUUGACACGAGAAAGCUUCUGGCUUCAUGUUUUCCGAAUGUCUCGUCAUCCCUCCUGUUUCUUCGGGUUGCUUGUAUCAUCAUUGACUGCACACGACGAUUGGCGUUCUUUUCUCGUUCUUGAUCGAAGGCACUCUUGUCCAAGAAUUGUCGUCUGAGCUUUUCUUGCGACCUUCGGUCGGAUUUUUCCGCUUCCUUUUGCAGACCUUGACCACCGAGCUCACUCGGAAGAGCAGGUGUCUGCAGGGAAGAAGGAGGAGUGGAGGGGGGCGACGACCGAAUUUCUACAGACGUUUUGCUGUUGGGACUCCCAUGGAUAGAGGCAUGCGACUGCGGAGAAAUCGUAGCAUAGUUCGAAGACGACGGUGAAGCGUUCCAUUGUCCAGGACUUAUCAUAGGCGACUG